GCUACAUAUUGGUAUUCAGAUACCUGUGAAUACUUCGUACCUAUGUAGGAGGUAAUCGAAUUUAUGCUACUAAGGACAAUAAGCACCUCAUUACUACGAUUUCGACAUGCCGAACCAAUAUCCGGAUGUGUCUCAUUCUACAAGGCUCGUUCAACUACAUAAUAUUUCAAGUCCAACACUUAUAUAUCUCCUUAAGGAAAAUGAGACGCCUAGCUUGUACAUACCAGGCGCUUCGCCGGACAGUUUACUCAACUCAUACUAAGAGCCUCAAUGAGAUAAAAUAUGUAUCCACGAUGAGCCCCAGCCGUAGUUUUCCGGCCUUGUUCGUCCGAGGCGGGACAUCCAACGGCUUAAUCAUCCAGCGCCAACAUCUUCCGCCGCAGGAUCAAUGGCACACGGUCCUUCCCGCGGCCAUGGGCGCGCCGGACCCGUAUGGCAGACAGUUAGAUGGGAUGGGCGGGGGCAUAUCGUCGACGUCGAAGAUAUGCGUCUUGGCGCCGUCGACGCGGCCCGAUGCCGAUGUGGAGUUUACGUUUGUGCAGGUUGGGAUUGGGGAUGGGGUGUUGGAUCUCGCGGGGAAUUGUGGGAAUAUGUCGUCGGCGGUUGGGCCGGUGGCUUGGGAUGAGGGGGUGGUUGGGGAGCAGGGGGGGAAGGUUAGGGAGGGGGAGGGGGAGGGGGGCUAUAGGGAGGCGGUGGUUAGGGUGUUUAAUACGAAUACCUCAAAGAUCAUACAUUCGCGCUUUAGAGUCGCUGGGGAGCCGCCGGUGUACUGCCCCGAGGGCGAUUACGAGAUGGACGGUGUUCCGGGGACGCAGUCUAUAAUUACGCUGAGUUUUCUGGAUCCUGCUGGGGCGAAGACGGGAAAGGCGUUGCCGACGGGGAAUGCGGUUGAUAGGUUGACGCUGUCGGAUGGAAGUACUAUUGAGGCUUCGUUGGUGGAUGUGUCAAAUCCGGGAGUGUUCGUGCGGAUAGACGAUCUGGGAAUUAAAGGCGCUAGCCCGGAUACUUUCACCCCUCAAGCAGUUGAGUUAGACCCGGUACUCAAAGCUAGGUUAGAGGUCAUCAGACAAGCCGGUGCGGCAAAGAUGGGACUGGAUCCAAAGACGGAGAGCGUGCCCAAGAUUGUGUUACUCUUCUCGGACUCAAGCUCGGCGGAUAUUGAUAUAAGGUGUCUGGCAUUGUCGAUGGGCCAGGCGCAUAAGGCCGUGCCCCUGACGCUGGCUUUAUGUUUAGGGGCUGCUGCGAAUAUGCCCGGGACCCUGCCCGCACAGGUCCGUAGGAUAAAAGGAGAAAAAAGCGAAAUUGGUCCGGUUGUUAUUGGACACCCCAGUGGAACGGUCGAGAUCGGGGCAACGACAGAGAAUGGCCGGAUCGUCUCGGCGGAUUUGCUUCGUACUGCGAGGGUUCUAAUGAAGGGCCAGGUUUACUAUUAAGACUGCAGAGACGCUGCAUUGUGACAGCCCCCACGGGACACCACGGCUUGUACUGAGGCCCUACGGAGAAUGUCACAAAUACCUAAUACAAGGGCUCUUCGUUUAGAAUGUGCAUUGUUAAUUUCCGGC